CCCGGCGCGCUGUGGGCUCGGCGCGAUGGCGGCGCCGGUGCAGGGGCACCGAGCGCGGUACAAGAGCCCGGGCGGGCCGCCCUGGAGGGAGACGUACCGCAGGCGCUGCAUAGAGCGGCUGAGGAGCAGCCGGGCCAAGCUGCUGGAUCGCUACCGCCAGGCCGGGGACGGGGCGUGCGGGGCAGCCCCGGGCGCGCUGCUGGUGCAGGAGGUGAUGGAGCAGGAAUGGCAGGAGCUGCGGCACAGGCUGCCCGGCCUCGGCGGAGAGCAGCCCAUGGAGCAGAUGCUGGAGGACCCUGAUGAGCUGGCAGUGCUUGAAGAGAUCCAACAAGAACUGAUCUUGCAAGAGCAGUUGGUCAUCGAGGAGUACGAGCGGAGCCUGCGCUUCGAUGAGGAAUGUCUCAAUGCCAUGCUGGACGGCCUGGAUGCCACUGACAGGGUCAUCUGCCCUGUAUGUAGGAAGAAUAAUCUGACCGUGAAGGCUCACUUGGUUUGUUGCCAGUGUGGAUUGUACAUCAGCACACAGGAUAUGACAGAAGGGAAGCUUCGGUCACUGCUGGAAAGCACCUUGACAGAGCACAGUCAGAGGUGCCUGCACAGCCCUGAGUUCACAGUCACCAGUGGCAUGGAGGAGGAAGCCAGUCUGCUGAUGAGCUGCCCUGUCUGUGACUCCUGGAUGAUUCUCCUCUAAGGUGGAUGAGCUGCUGCUUUACUUCUGGAAUACUUCAAUACUAAACUUUACCCAGAGCUGCUAGGACAAUUGUGUACAUAUUUCUAACUGCUGUGUCAAAAAGACACUUCAAAAGGCACAGUAUUGCCUUGACCUGCACUUUUAACCACACAGGACAUGUUUUGAAAUAAAUAUAUUUAGUUUA